GCACAUCUCGGCUGCGCUGCGUCGUCAGGUGCGUCAGGUACGUAUGUGAUCUGUUGUUGACGCCUCUUCUCUUCACUCUCUCGGGUCGGACAGGAGGACACCCGCCCAGUUGACGAGGAGUAUUAAGUGUUACGUGCGAGGAAAAGCUUUCUAAUCUCUGAUCUCUUGGAUUAUUCCUUCGAUGGACGGGAUUUAGGGUGUCCGCAAUUUUUGGCCACUAUUUUACGCACCAUUUCUGCGCGCUCAAAUUUACGCUCCCAUAAUGGAUUAAACACUCAUUAGUUUCAGCCUACUUUUUGGAUUAUUAAUGGACUCGCAUCAUGCUAAAUGAUGAUGAUCUUUUGGUCACUGGAGUGUACAUUGGAUUAGGAGCCGGAGAUUUCCCACCGCUCUUGGGACAAACACCUGUUUAUUCUCCUGAGACACUUUGACCUGGUCCACCUUUUGACGCGCUGCGAUGGAGAGCCAGCUGAGACCCAGGCUCUGUUUCGUGACCAAAGGAGAGCUUGGCUAUGGGUUUCACCUGCACGGAGAGAGGAAUAAAGGCGGACAGAUCAUCCGCAAAGUGGACCCGGGCUCCUGUGCCGACCUAGCCGGGCUGAGACCAGGAGACCGGCUGGUGGAGGUGAACGGGGAGAAUGUGGAGAAGCAGAACCACUAUCAAGUGGUGGAGCGUAUCCGUGAGGUGGCCCACCGCACCAGGCUGCUGGUGGUGGACAGAGACACGGAUGACUACCUCCGCAGCCGUGGUCUGGCCUGCACCGAGGACCUGGCCAUGGAGAUGGGAAACCUCUCCCCAAGGCCUUCGCCCGCGCCCACCCCUUCUGCCUCUCCCAUACCCAUAGGGAACUCGCCCCUGUCACCCAAAUCCAACCACAUGCACUCAUUUUACCCUCCUGCUGCAGACUUGUCCACACAUGCGAUCACACAAGCCAAGGUCAAGAGGUCCUCUGUGACAUCAUCAAGUACGGCGACAGACACAGAGCUGCAGGUGCAGCCCUCGCCAGAGCCGACGGAUGAGCUCCUACCCCGUCUGUGUCUCCUGGCGAAGGGGGAGAACGGCUACGGCUUCAACCUGUACAACGAUAAGACCAAGGGUGGACAGUUUAUGCGUUCGGUUGACCCCGGCUCAACUGCUGAGAUUGCAGACAUCAGGCCAGGAGACAGACUAGUGGAGGUGAAUGGGGUGAACAUACAGGGCCUGAAGCACUCAGAGGUGGUGGCACUCAUUAGAGCAGCAGGGGAGGAAGUGCGCCUCCUAGUGGUUGACCAGGAGACAGACGAGCUCUUCCACAGACUGGGGAUCACACCCGCAAGCAACCAAGUCAAAGAGGUCUAUCUGGAUGAAUCAGCCACAGAGAGCGCCCCGCACACCCCCUUACCGACCACUGAACUCCCCGCCACAGAUCCACCGAUCAUAAACGUCAUGCUGACAGACCCCCCGAUCGCAAACGAGUCUCCAAAAUCCCGAACCAAUGGGAGCUCAGCAUCUCAGUCCUCGAGAAGUUCCACCACCCAGUCAGAGAUCAGCAGCUCGGACAUGAGCUUCCAGGUCCACGAAGAGGACGAUAGGCGCGUUUCGGACCCUUUCAUGGACAAUGGCCUGCGUCUGAGUCCCACAGCUGCUGAGGCUAAACAAAAGGUCCUCGCCAGCCGCAACAAGAAGAGAGCACCUGCUAUGGACUGGAGUAAGAAAUAUGAGAUCUUCAGCAGCUUCUGAUCCCAGAACGCACGGAGAAAAAGGAGAAGAAGCACGAGAAUGUCAUACAAUACAACAGAGAAUAAUAUCGUAAUCCUUCACUGUUCAUAUUGUAAACUUAAGUAAUGUACCUCGAUCUUGCGGGGGCACGGUAAGAGAAAGAGUAAUGUGAAGAGGAAAAAGACUAACUUUGGUAGUAAUAUUCCUAAAUUCUGCUCUGUGUAAAACUAUAUUGUAAGAUAUCGAAUAGUAUUCUCUAGAUGCUUAUUUUACAGUAUCUAUAAGGACAAAGACAUGUUCUGUGGAUGUGUCAGAGAUCUGAAACACUGGUGUUAAUGACUGGCAGAGCAGACUCAUCCUUGCAAAUGGUGCUGAGUCAGUACACAGUGUUUCUCUUUAUUAAAUCAGUCAUUCAAGAGCCAUAGUGACUAUGAGUCUAUAAUAGCCUAUAUGCGUCUGAUUUGGGGCCGUAUUUUCUGUAGAUACGCUUUUCUGUUGUAACUUUAUUUUUUUUGAAUAGUUUCAUGUCUUAUUUACAAUGAGCUCAUCACAGCCGAGUCCUGGAGUAGUUACAUCAACUUUGUGAUUGUCAAUUUAAUGUUGCAUAUCGCUUUUAAAUGUGAAUACAGAGGAAAUGGUAGAAGCUAAGUUAUGGAAUGUAUGAUGAUGGAUCACCUCAGUGCUUAUCUUUGAUGUUAGCGUUAUUUCUGUAAAGGAAAAUAUUGAAAAGACAGAUGGUUGACUAGACUAGACCCUCUUUUGUUGUAGAUUUUUGAGUAUUUUUCUCCAAAAUGUGCUUGGUUGAAACAAUGUGAAAUAAACUUUCAGAAUAUGUGUAAAUGCCA